AUGACCAUAUUUGGGCGUGGUGAAGCCCUGAAAAAAGAAAAUGCUAAAGAAAGUAACGGUCAUUCAGGUGCUACUAAGCCAACAGCAUUAAUUGAUGGUGUGACAACACCAGCACAAGGUUUUGGAAUCCGUUCAUAUCUUCAUCAAUUCUACCAAUCUCCAACGGUUGAAGAUAUCGAAUCUGCUGGAGCAUGGUAUCUUUUGCCACCACCACCAGCACAACGAAGAGGAUUUUGGCUUUGUCGUUUGUUGACCGUUUUUGGAUUAUUUUUGCUGAUUGGAGGAGCAGUUGCUAUCGUUGUAGGCUACACUUGGCCUCAUGAAGGCGUGGAAGAAUCCAUCGUGCGAAUUGCCAUUUAUCAAGACGAAGAUGGAAAUUUCUAUAUUCCACCAGAAAAACUCUCGGAAUUAUUGCAAGACCCAAUGCGUCGCUGGAAAAUGAUUGGUUUAUGCAUAUUUGCCAGUGGCGCUAUAUUAUUAGCCAUUAGUUUACUAAUUUCAACUUUGGCACAUUUUUUCAAAAGUAAACGUCUUGCGGUAUUUGACAGUGAAGAUAGUACUCCAAAUGAACCCGCAAUACGUAUUUACCCAGCGGUUGGUACAAAAACUGGUCAGAAUUCUAAUAAUGCCCCAAAUAAUGAUGGAAAAUACGCUAAAAUUAGUCCACACACGUAA